AUAAUUCUAAUAAUUUUUAGUAUCAGAAUAGUAACAAUAGCAUUGAGAUGGUUAAUUAUAACUAUCACAUCCUUUCUUUCAAAGAAAACAUUCUCUGAUCGUGAAAAAAACUCCCCAUUUGAAUGCGGUUUUGAUCCUAAAUCAUCUGCACGAACACCCUUCUCCUUACACUUCUUCCUAAUUGCUGUAAUUUUCCUAAUUUUUGACGUAGAAAUUACCUUAUUGCUACCCAUCAUAAUCACUAUAAAAAUAAUAAAUUUAACCCAAUUUAUUAGAUUAGCAAUAUUUUUCAUUAUUAUUUUACUAGUUGGUUUAUAUCACGAGUGAAAUCAAGGAGCUCUAACAUGAGCUAUAUAA